AUGACGCGGCAAUCCACCUUUAUAUUUCAUCACACAUCUCAUCCAUGGAGCAGGAAUCGGCUUCUGAUUUGGAUGCUCUGCUUUCUACGACAAUUUAAGAGUUCCAUACAGAGAUCUGAUUACUUGGCUCUGCGUUUGGGCUUCAUCAGUAAGCACAAACUUCCACUUUCUUACAAUUUUCAUAAAUAUAUGGUCCGGAGUAUGGAAGAUGAAUUUCAGGGCAUUCUGGGUAUUAGCUGGCCACUUUGGGGAUAUGCCAUAGUGUGCAUUUUCGUAAAUAUUCAUGGGCCAGCUACCAGGACUCAAGUAAAGCCACGUGAUGAUUUGUUUUGGUUUGGGAAACCGGUGAUACUACUGAGGUUGAUACAGUUCAUCAUAUUUCAGAAUGCAUUUGAGAUGGCAACCUUUCUCUGGUCCUUGUGGGGACUUAAGGAGAGAUCAUGCUUCAUGAAAAACCACUUAAUGAUAGUUAUCCGGUUGACCUCUGGUGUUCUUGUUCAGUUCUGGUGUAGCUACAGCACAGUGCCUCUGAACGUAAUUGUCACACAGAUGGGAUCACGGUGCAAGAAAGCUCUGGUUGCCGAGAGUGUCAGAGAUUCACUCCAUAGCUGGUGCAAGAGAGUAAAGGAGAGGUCUAGACGCGAUUCUGUGCAUUCGCAUGCUACAAGGUCAGUUUGUUCACUUGAUACGACAAUUGAUGAGAGAGAUGAAAUAACAGUUGCAUCUGGCACUUUGUCUCGGAGCUCUUCCUUGGACUCACUCCAUCAAGUAACUGUAGCGUCAGCGGAACAGCCUGAAGCUGUUCUUGAGCCGUCUGAACCACCUCAACAUGAAUACUCAUUCCGAGUGGAAGAGUAUUUAUCUGAAUCGGUAAGAAUUAGUGCAUCACAACCUCCAACCAUCAGUGACGAAGAUGAUGAAGGCAAUGGAAUGGAAGAAAAGGUGGAUACUCUUUUAGAGUUGUUUCAGAAAACAUGA